GAAUCACUUCGUUUAAUGAUAACAGCUAAAUAUGAAAAGAGCAUUCCCGAAUAUCGCAAAAUAUUAGAAAAUGAAAAAAAUGAAAUUAUUAGAAGGGUAAAAGUUACUAGAACUCCAAGUCCAGAAAAUCGUACAAGGUUGAUUACUGAUUCUGGUACAACUUCUGUCUCCUGCACUCCAUUAACUACUCUUCAACAACCAAAUGCUAAUGAAGUUCAAGACAUCAUCAGUUCAGAUUCUACCAAUGAAGCAUUAGAGACACCAAGUAAAAAGCUUCAAAAUUCUGGUUGCAGUCGCAUCAACAAUCCUGUUAAGAAAGCUACAGAAGCUAAAACCCGAAGUAAUGAUCUUGUUAAGAAACUAUGA